GUAUCGAUCAGUUUACAUUAUUUGCUGUCUCUUUGCCUCUCUUCCUCCUCCUCCUCCUCCAUCUAUCUUCAUUUCUUCUUCUUGCAUGCUAAAUUUCUUGUUCAAACAGAAGGCUAACUAGCCGCUCUUUCCAGCAUGGAUGCUAAUCACGCCCCACCAGUACCACAAGGCUUAACCCAAGAAGAAUAUGUGGAGCUGAAGCCCUUGAUUGACACAUACCACAAAUUUGGGGCAGCAGUACCCAACACAUGCACGUCCCUCAUAACCCAACGUAUUGAUGCGCCAGCUCAUGUUGUGUGGCCCUUUGUUCGUAGGUUUGAUAACCCACAAAAAUACAAGCACUUCAUCAAGAGCUGCAAAAUGAGUGCUGGUGACGGUGGUGUAGGCAGCAUAAGAGAGGUCACAGUUGUUUCUGGGAUACCAGCUUCCACAAGCACUGAAAGGCUAGAGAUUUUGGAUGAUGAGAAUCAUAUUUUAAGCUUUAGGGUUGUUGGGGGCGAGCAUCGGCUAAACAAUUAUAAGUCUGUUACAUCAGUUAACGAGUUUAACAAGGAAGACAAGGUCUACACUAUUGUUUUGGAGUCAUAUAUUGUGGACAUACCAGACGGCAAUACAGUUGAAGAUACAAAGAUGUUUGUGGACACUGUUGUGAAGUUGAAUCUUCAAAAGCUAGCAGUGGUUACCAAUACAGCUCUGCAUGGACACGAGUGAUUCUAAUGAACCAGAUUAAUCAUUUCCUUUGAUGAUGAUUAUCAUGGAGAAACGGCUGCCAUAUUUGUGCCUUUGUCAAUGAUGUACGAGACUGAAGUUUACUUGCAAAUAAGUGAGGGCAAAAAAUAUUUCUACGUACUACAUGGAUUUGUUUCACAUGAGACUCCAUGAUCAUAUCAUAUGAUUGAAAGCGUUUGGGAAAGGGAGAGAGCGUAUUAAUUUCUGUUUGUAGGUUUACAGGUGAGGAGAUU